CCUCCCAGCGAAGCCGGGGCAGCCCCUUCUCGGGCGGGCGCCUCUUCUGAGGGAGCUCGUCAAAGGAACUCUGGCCGGCGCUGUGCUCUGCACUGAGUGCCGAGCAUCCGCGCUGACAGCCUCCGCCCCUGUUCCGCCCCUUGCUCUCCACGCCAGUCCUCGGGCUGAGGAGCGCACGCUGUGGGAUUCAUUCUUGUAGCCGAGGCCAGAACUCGAAAAUGACCCAGCAGACUUCUCUCGCGUCCACUGUCUCCCGUCUGCGAUAUUUUGAAGUAUCAGUACAUACAGGAAGAAUUCAUCCAAAAAAAAAAAAAAAACCCACGAAAACAUUACGACAACAGCAGUUGGAUUUAAUUAGCGAUGAACAAAAACAUUUGGUCCUGCUUCGAGAUGGAAGGACACUUAUAGGCUUUUUAAGAAGCAUUGAUCAAUUUGCUAACUUAGUGCUACAUCAGACUGUGGAGCGUAUUCAUGUGGGGAAAAAAUACGGUGAUAUUCCUCGAGGGAUUUUUGUGGUCAGAGGAGAAAAUGUGGUCCUACUAGGAGAAAUAGACUUGGAGAAGGAGAGCGACACGCCCCUCCAGCAAGUGUCCAUUGAGGAGAUCCUGGAAGAGCAGAGGGUGGAGCAGCAGACCAAGCUGGAAGCAGAGAAGCUGAAAGUCCAGGCCUUGAAGGAUCGGGGUCUUUCCAUUCCUCGAGCAGAUACUCUUGAUGAGUAUUAGGGCUUGGAGAGUUAGGGCUGUCUCUGAAAGAAGAUGACAUCCUGGUCACUUCCACAUUUGGCCAGAAAAUUAGUUUGGUCAUUUUUAUUUUUUUUAUUUAUUCUUUUUUUUGGUACCGGGGAUCAAACUCGAGUCCUUGCGCUUGCAAGGCAGGCGGCAGAACCACUGAGCUAAAUCCCCGACCCGGUCAUUUUUAUUUUUAAUUCUUUCACAUAUGCAACAUGAAGAUAUCAUAUGGAAUUCUGUUUUGUGGUUUGAAAUAGCAAAAACAUUGUUCAAAGGAAAAAAAAAGUGGCAUGGACUCCAUGCUCACUGUGGAGCCAGCACCUGCGUCUUUGUAUUGUUUUUCUUAUUCCCAAUUAGAAGUUACAAAGGACAUUCUUCAUUUUCUUGUAAAUAAAAUAUGAACCUCAAAACUA